CCGCGAAAUCGAAGACAUAGUUGAUGUAAUUUCUAUUUAUGUAAUGAAAUCUAACUGAUUUAUUUAACUAACCUUUACAGUUUGCGUAGUUGGGCAUUUAUUUUGAUUCACGAUAUCGUUAUUAUUGCUGUUCAUUUCAAAUUUUACAACUGCCUUGCGACUGAGUUGUUUCACCCCAUGGCCCGUGAAUGGUUUCCUCUUAAUUAUGAGCUUAGGAAAUAUCAAUUGGGAUGAAUGAUUAGAAUUGAUAACACUAAGUUUAAUUUAAAUACACACCAUGGAUAAAAGAAAACCACAGGGAAGUAAUUCUACACCAGCCAAGAAAGGGAAAUUUGAUGAUGAUGAUGAAGAUCCGUCUGUAUUUGAAGCUGAACUGGCCAUGAUGGAAUCUAUUGAUGCUGAUAUAACAGCUGAUUCUCACGAACUUGUUGGUCAAGGUCCAGAAUCUCAGAAGACCAGUUCUAAAUGGUCACGUCCAUCACCACCUAAAAUAAACUCUAAAACAGAUAAACUGGUAUUUCAACAGAUAGAAGUUGAUGUUUAUAUUGGUAAACAUAUAGAGGGAAUGCCUGGUGCCAAGGUUGGUCCAGUACCUAUUAUUAGAAUGUAUGGUAUUACAAUGGAAGGGAAUAGUGUAUUAACUCAUAUUCAUGGUUUUCAUCCUUAUUUCUACGUCCCAGCUCAGCCUGAUUUUAAACCUGAACACUGUGGUAAAUUUAAGAAUGUUCUAGAUAACUGUGUUAUUAAAGAUCUUAGAUCUAAUAAAGAAGGUAUUGUAGAAGCAGUCAUGGCUGUAGAAUAUGUUCAGAGAGAAAGUAUUUAUGGUUACCAUGGCAACAGAAAAUUACCAUUCCUGAAAAUAACUAUGGCAUUACCUAGAUUGAUAGCGCCAGCUAAACGUCUGUUAGAACAAGGUUUUCAGUGCCCUGGUUAUCCUACUCACGGCUAUCAAGCCUAUGAGAGUAAUAUAGAUUUUGAAAUAAGAUUUAUGGUUGAUGCCCAUGUAGUAGGAUGUAACUGGGUUGAAAUGCCUGCUGGGAAAUACACAUUACGUGAUAAAAACUCUAAAGAUCGCCCCUUCACGUCCCGUUGUCAGAUAGAAUUAGAUGUAUCAUGGGAAGAGUUUAUAUCUCAUCCUGCCGAGGGAGAAUGGUCUGUCGUGGCUCCGUUUAGAAUUCUCAGUUUUGAUAUUGAAUGUGCUGGAAGAAAGGGUAUAUUCCCAGAGGCUGAAAAAGAUCAAGUUAUUCAGAUAGCUAAUAUGGUACAAAGACAAGGUGAUCCAGACCCAUUCAUUAGAAAUAUCUUUACGUUAAAUUCGUGUUCACCUGUUGUAGGGUCACAGGUCAUGUCGUUUGACAAAGAGUCAGACGUCUUACAGAAAUGGGCUGAGUUUGUACGAGAAGUUGAUCCUGAUAUAAUAACAGGUUAUAAUAUACAGAACUUUGAUUUUCCCUACUUGAUUAAUCGUGCUGCUCAUCUGAAAGUGAGAGAUUUCACGUUUUUAGGUCGUAUUAAAGAUAAACAGUCUAUUAUUAAAGAAAUGACGAUACAAUCCAAACAGAUGGGAAAACGAGAGAAUAAAGUCAUCAAUAUUGAAGGCAGAGUACAGUUUGAUUUACUUCAGAUUUUAUUACGUGAUUAUAAGUUAAGAUCCUAUACACUGAAUGCUGUUUCAUUCCAUUUUCUACACGAACAGAAAGAAGAUGUUCAACAUUCUAUCAUUACUGAUUUACAGAAAGGUAAUGAACAGACUAGACGUAGAUUAGCUGUAUAUUGUUUAAAAGAUGCUAUAUUACCGUUAAGACUACUGGGUAAAUUGAUGUGUGUUAUAAACUAUAUGGAAAUGGCACGUGUAACAGGUGUUUCUAUGGGUUGUUUACUCUCUAGAGGACAACAGAUUAAAGUUGUCUCCCAGUUACUUAGAAAGGCUAAAGAACAAGAUUUAAUUCUACCAGUCCAUAAAGUAGAUACAGGAGAUGAAUAUGAAGGAGCUACUGUUAUAGAACCUGAUAAAGGAUAUUAUUCUAUGCCUAUAGCUACCUUGGAUUUCGCCUCUCUGUAUCCUAGUAUCAUGAUGGCCCACAAUCUCUGUUAUACCUCUCUACUUAAUACUAAUACUAUACAGAAAGAGGGAUUGACAGCUGACCAGUAUAUUAAAACACCAUCAGGAAACUAUUUCUGUAAAUCAACUGUUAGAAAAGGUUUACUUCCAGAAAUAUUAGAAUCUCUUCUUGGCGCUAGAAAAAAAGCUAAGGCAGAUUUAAAGAAAGAAACAGAUCCGUUUAAAAAACAAGUGUUAGAUGGUCGUCAGUUGGCAUUAAAGAUUAGUGCUAAUUCUGUUUAUGGUUUUACAGGAGCUCAAGUUGGUAAACUACCUUGUUUAGAAAUAUCUCAGAGUGUAACAGCGUUUGGUAGAAGUAUGAUAGAACAAACUAAACAAUAUGUAGAAGAACAUUAUACUAUAGAGAAUGGAUAUAAACAUAACGCUAAGGUUAUCUAUGGUGAUACAGAUUCUGUAAUGUGUAGAUUUGGAGUAGAAACUGUAGCUGAAGCCAUGGAACUAGGAACAGAAGCGGCUCAACUCAUCUCUGAAAAAUUCAUUAAACCAAUAAAAUUAGAAUUUGAAAAGGUAUAUUUCCCGUAUCUACUGAUCAAUAAGAAACGUUAUGCUGGGCUAUAUUGGACGAAUUCUAUUAAACAUGAUAAGAUGGAUUGUAAAGGUAUUGAAACAGUCAGGAGAGAUAACUCUCCACUAGUCGCUAAUCUUAUUAAUGCCUGCCUACAGUUAAUUCUUAUAGAUAGGAAUCCUGAAGGGGCAGUAGAACAUGCUAAAGAAACAAUUAGUGAUUUACUGUGUAAUAGAGUUGAUAUAUCACAGUUAGUUAUAACUAAAGAAUUAACCAAGACAGAGGAUGAUUAUACUGCUAAACAGGCUCAUGUAGAACUGGCAAAUAGAAUGAAGAAACGAGAUGCUGGCAGUGCACCACAACUUGGUGAUCGAGUACCUUACGUUAUCAUAGCAGCUCCUAAAAAAACAGCAGCAUAUCUUAAAUCUGAGGAUCCUAUCUAUGUACUAGAGAACAAUAUACCAAUAGAUACCCAGUAUUAUCUAGAGAACCAACUAAGUAAACCAUUGUUACGUAUUUUUGAACCAAUUUUAGGAGAAAAAAGGGCUGAAUCUGUUUUAUUACGUGGAGAUCAUACAAGAACUAAGACUGUAUUAACCAGUAAACUGGGAGGUUUGGCAGCUUUCACCAAGAAAAAAUCAACUUGUCUUGGAUGUAAAACACCUCUUGAUAAAGACAAUAUAGCCGUGUGUAAACACUGUCAACAUCUAGAGUCUUCUAUCUACCAGAAAGAAAUACUGCAGUUACAAGCUCUAGAGGAGAAAUUCUCCAGAUUAUGGACUCAGUGUCAGAGAUGUCAGGGAAGUUUACAUGAAGAUGUUUUGUGUACAAGUCGAGAUUGUCCUAUAUUUUAUAUGAGAAAGAAAGUACAGAAAGAUUUAGAUGAUGAGGAGAAACUGAUUCAGAGAUUUGGACCAGCUACUUGGUGAUAUUCCUGAUCAUUCUGUAUUCAAAUAAUCAGCUUAUCAGUAUCUUGCUGCCUAUUAUAGAGGCAGAUAUACUAUCUUGUGAAAAUAAGUAACUACAAGAACCCGUUCUAUUGAAAUCUCUUAAUCCCAUUAGUGCCAUCUCCCCGUUAUAUUUAUCGUGUUGAUAUUCCUGGUCCCUUUUCAAACCAUCAAUCCACCAUGAUACCAAUAUCAGAUGGGGGCAAAUAUUGUCUUUAACUACAAAUAUAUUGACUCAAAAUACGCCUCUGAAAUGAAAAUAACGUCGCUUACAUCAAUUACUGCCAUUUACGUGUAGAAUUUACCUAUAACAGAUUUGAUUUAAAAACAAAGAUCUGUUCACCUCAAACUUGUUCUUGAAUCUCGAAUACAUGACUUGUGUUUAAAGUGCUGCAUUUGUAUUUUUUCAUAAUUAAAUCUAAAUAAUUGUUUCUGGUUUUUUGUUUUGGUCAGUGUAAUAAAUAACUCAAGUAUGAAAUAAUGAGUGCAAACUAG